GCUCCGCCCCCUCCCUGCUUGCUUGGCGAAUGUUGCAAGAUCCAGGCAGGGAGUUUGCAGGUCGGGGUUCCAUUGGGCGGAGGGGGCGGAGGAGGAACCCCGCAGCCGCCGACCACCUCCGGAUCUGAGCACCUGGCCGAGCUCCCCGCCCCCGCACCGAGUUAGGAACCCAGCCGAGGGAGGGGCUCCGCAGCCGGAGGGAACGAGGCCUUGCAAAGCCUGGUGAGGGCCGCCGUGGGGCUGUGGCCUUCUCCUACCUCCCGCCAUGGCAAUGAGGGAGCUGGUGGAGCCGGAAUGCGGAGGCUCCAAUCCUCUGAUGAAACUGGCCAGCCACUUCACUCAGGACAAAGGUCUGCAGCAGGAGGGGCUCCGGGCUUGGCCUCCCAAUGCCCCUGUGCCUGAGGGGGUGUCCAAACCUCUUGGAAGAGCCUCUGGAGAUGAACUGGUGGCAGAGUUCCUUCAAGAGCAGAAUGGCCCCCUUCUGUCCCGUGCCCCACAAACAUUCAAGAUGGAUGACCUGCUGGCCGAGAUGCAGGAAAUUGAGCAAUCCAGCUUCCGGCAGGCUCCACAGAGAGCUCCAGGUGUGGCGGCCUUAGCUUUGUCGGAGAAUUGGGCGCAGGAAUUCCUUGGCGCUGCCGACAGUACAGUGGACGUCUCAACGGAUUACAAUGAAGCCGAUUGGUCCCAGGAGUUCAUUGCUGAGGUUACAGAUCCCUUGUCUGUGUCUCCUGCCAAGUGGGCCGAAGAAUAUUUGGAGCAGUCGGAGGAGAAGUUGUGGCUGGGUGAAUCAGAAGAUCAGACCCUGGCUGAUAAAUGGUAUGAGGAAUACCAGCCUGAAGAAGACCUCAAGAAAACUGCCAAUGAGUUUCUCGCAAAAGUGGAUGACCCAAAACUGAAUGACUCUGAGUUCCUAAAGUUUGUCCGCCAGAUUGGAGAUGGGAGGGUGUCCAUCGAGGCAAAUCGGGUGACCAUUACCCCCAGAAACCAGGAUCAGGCAGAACAAUGGGCAACUGAGUUUAUACAGCAGCAGAACACAUCCGAAGCCUGGGUAGAUCAGUUUGCACACUCUGCGGACACGCUGGGCCUGGAGACCGAUUUUGAGGAAGCCAAGACUGCUGUGGAGUCAGAUGUGGACUUCUGGGACAAGCUCCAGGCUGAGUGGGAGGAGAUGGCCAAGCGAGAUGCAGAGGCUCACCCUUGGCUAACAGACUACGAGGAUCUUGCCAGCUCCACUUAUGACAAGGGAUACCAGUUUGAAGAAGAGAACCCCGUGCGUGAUCAUCCCCAGGCCUUUGAGGAAGGGCUGAAGUGCCUGGAGGAGGGCGACCUCCCCAAUGCCGUCUUGUACUUUGAGGCUGCUGUGCAGCAGAACCCGGAUCACAUGGAGGCCUGGCAGUACCUGGGAACGACACAAGCAGAGAAUGAGCAGGAGCUUUCAGCCAUCAGUGCUCUCAGGCGGUGCCUGGAGUUGCAGCCCGGGAACCUCACGGCGCUCAUGGCUUUGGCGGUCAGCUUCACCAAUGAGUCGCUGCAGAAGCAGGCCUGCGAGACCCUGCGCGACUGGUUGCGCCACAAGCCAGCCUACGCUCACCUGAUAGGGAAGGAGGAGGAGGAAGCGGGGAGCCCAGGCCCAGGCCUCGGGCCUUCCAAGCGCAUCCUGGGCUCCCUUUUAACCGACUCUCUCUUUGUGGAAGUAAAGGAGCUCUUUUUGGCGGCUGUGCGUAGCAACACCUCUGCCGUGGACCCUGAUGUGCAGUGUGGCCUGGGCGUUCUCUUCAACCUGAGCAGCGAGUACGAAAAGGCUGUGGACUGCUUCACUGCUGCGCUGAGUGCGCGGCCCAAUGAUCAUCUCCUCUGGAACAAGCUAGGGGCUACUUUGGCCAAUGGAAACCGGAGUGAAGAAGCUGUGGCAGCGUAUAGGCAUGCUUUGGAACUGCAGCCUGGCUACAUCCGCUCCCGCUACAAUCUCGGCAUCAGCUGCAUCAACCUAGGCGCUCACAGGGAGGCUGUGGAGCACUUCCUGGAGGCCUUGUACAUGCAACAGAAGAGCCGGGGCCCGCGAGGCCAGCAGGGGGCCAUGUCUGACAACAUCUGGAGCACCCUCCGUAUGGCGCUCUCAAUGCUGGGCCAGAGUGACCUUUACGGGGCGGCUGACGCCCGGGACCUUCCGACACUGCUGCAAGCUUUUGGGAUUCAGCAGUGACUCUUGGACGGGCUCCCCUGCGAGUGCAGGAUGAGCCCUCGCCAGCGCUGAUCUCCCCCGCCCACAACUGCCCAUCUGCCCAACACGUGCACACCUCAUUCAGGCAGCUUCCUCCCCCCCCUCCCAAUCUCACUUCCCACCCCCAUCCCCUAUGUUUCAGAUCAACACAUUUUCAGUUGUCUUUGGUCCAGGGCUGUUCAGUCGCUCAUGGUUUUAUCUUGGACCUGCCACUGUAGAAUUGUAGCCUGUGUUCAGCAGCAGUAAGCUGGCUUGCGUGCCUCCCUUAACGUCUUCUGGGUUUGCUUUCUCCAGCGAUGCAAAUCCCCUUGAGCAGGAAAAAACGUUUAUACUUUUCCCUGCACUUCAUCAGUGCGCUGAAAUUGCACCUCUUUGUAGUGUCUUUACAUGAUCAUUCUACUUAAGAGUCUUUUCCCCCCAAAAGGGAUGAAUGAAUGAAUCAUGGUGUAGAAUUCUGGGGCUCUCGUCUUCAAAAAGGUGCUGUUAACUUUUAAGGUACGACACAAAAUGAUCGGACAUAUCUCACUGGGCACCAGCAUAGCGGGGUUUUCUACAGUGUUCUGUUUUGUCCCAACCCGCCCGGGGAAGAAGUGAGUGAAGGACUAAGCUCUCCAGUGCGAUACUGACAAAACCAAGGAUGUACAUUGGGGGGGGGGCAGAAAUGGGGUUCACUUCAAAAGAUCAGGGCAGGACCUAUGUCUUAAUAUCCUGCCACUUAGCUCUUUUGUAAAGUAAAAGGGGGACUGGUUAUCUCUCUGCAUAUGAUUCUCCCCUUCUGUGUAAUUGGGCCCUUUCAUUAUAAAUAUCUGUAUAUGAUUUUUGUUGGGAAAUGUUUUUAAAUUGUAAAAUAUUUUGUAUAAUAGAAGGGAAAAAGAAUUAAACCUGCCAAAUGAAGCUGCCUGCUUUUCAUUCUUGUGCAUGAAAACAUUCCAUGGUUGGAGGCUCUUCAUUCCUUUUCCUCUUAUCCUUCACCUCUGCAUCUAUUUGAUACUCUGAAUGUCCUACUCUGCAGAAUAAAGCUAAAAUAACUAGGCUGAUGAUUUCCCCGUCGGCUGUGUAGUUUCCAAAUCUCAAUAGAUGAGGAGAUUUGGUCUUCAUUGGUAGAGCAGAGCAGAGCAGCAGCGUUGUCUGUGCCUCCUCUCAUUUGCUAAAUCACGAUACAUUUCUAACAAGGUGCCAACUUGCAAAGGGAUCUCUAGUGACCUGCCAUGGAUGCUUUAGUUGACAUUCCUGCAUUGUAGGCGGUUGGACUAGAUGACCUUUGGGGGGCGUCCCUUCCAGCUCUAUAACUCUAUGCACUUUAUAUUAAGUUCUAACCAGCUCAAUUUAACAGGCUGCAGCUGCAUAUGGGACUCCCUUUAAGAGUUUUACUGUCUAGAACAGGCAUCCCCAAACUUUGGACCUCCAGAUGUUUUUGACUACAGUUCCCAUCUUCCCUGACCACUGGUCCUGUUAGCUAGGGAUUAUGGGAGUUGUAGGCCAAACAUCUGGAGGGCUGCAGUUUGGGGAUGCCUGGUCUAGAAACUUCCUAGACAAGAAUGAGCAAGUGCCUAACUUUUGUUGUGUCAAAGCAAGCACACUUUCCCCCAGUGAAUUCCCCUGCCACUUUUAUUACAAAGGGGAAGUGGGUUCGUUGCACAAGACCCUCCAAAUCAACUUCACUUGUGUAACCUGAAUUUGCCAGUAUGCAAUUGGAUCCCACCUGAAAAUAACAGCAGUCUGGAAGGGUCUACAGCAGGCGUGGCCAAACUUGGCCCUCCAGCUGUUUUAGGACUACAGUUCCCAUCAUCCCUGACCACUGGUUCUGUUAGCUAGGGGCGAUGGGAGUUGUAGUCCCCAAACUUGUAGUCCCCAAGUUUGGCCAUGCCUGGUCUACAGGGUAUGUCAGCAAAAGCUACCAAUCGGCAAAUACUCAGUUCAAAUAUGGUUUCUGCCCUGGAGAAGCCACUAUUUUCCCUGCCCUAGCCCCACUGCAUAGAACAUGAUGGGAAUUGUAGUCCAAAAACAGCUGGAGACCCAAGUUUGGUAAAUCCUGCCCUGCAGGAAUGGUUUUAAGGAUUAGUGAGAUAACGUGUGUGUGUGUGUGUGUGUGUGUGUGUGUGUGUGUGUGUGUGUGUGAAGUGCAUUGAACACUCAGAGCUAGGUAUGUUUAAAGGGUUUCCCUUGAAAUGGAAUAAAACCUUAAAAUUAAACCUUAAAAUGGAAUAAAACAACCUCAAAUUGAAAAUUUAGGACACUCACAAUGUAAAGUCUUUUCACAAUGCCUUCACAAUAGAUGCUCAAUAUUCUGUAAUGAAUGUUCUUACUGAAUUGUUCCUGUAGCUUUAUGACCCUGUCUAGGAUUAAUUUUAGCAUCUUCCAGUUCUUGUGUUUUGACUGAGCAAGUGUGAAUGACUCUAUUCUGAAUGAGAAUAGCCAGCAAACACCCUCAGCACCAAGAAGACAAGACAUUAUCAGCUGAAAACAGACUUUACUUGCAGCUGCAAAGUACAAAAGGCAACUGUACUCCUUUUAAGUUGAAGACAAGAUGCUCAGCCACACAUUAUAAAUAUUACAAUGCACUAACAAAUGUUAAAAUAACUGUAGUGUACAAGGAUAGAGUUAAGACUCCAGCAAAGCUUUCUGUAUUCUAUUAAAGCUGGCAGGCCCGACGUCGUGAGGCAGAUGCUGAGGCGUCAGAAAAAUGGCCUCUCUUUAAAAAAGAAAUGAAAAGUAAUCCAUUUUUAUGGCCUGGUGCUCCAAAGCAAAAUGGCAUUUGAGGCCACUGAAAUUGUCUUGGCUAGCAGUUCUCUUUGGAGGACCAGGGGAGUCCUGCUGCAGAAUCUUAGGAAGUCGGAAGGAGGCCUCCACCAAAGCACAUUCUCUUGGGCCAACCGAGAGGUGCUAUGAAGUGGGAUCUCUGCUUUGCAGAAUCUUUCUCUUAACAGUUUUGUCCCUUUUGGAAGUUUCACUAUUAAUACCCAUUGUCCAUGUACAGUAGGACUUUGAAAAUGGAGGCUUUGAAAUUUUAGAGCAAAGAUUAUUGGGGGAAUUGGGUCGCCGUCCCCCCCCCCCCAAAUA